GUCAUGACAUAAACAUAGUUUUACAAAGCAAAUUUCUAACAGAAAACCAAUUUUCCCACAAAUAAAUGACAAAAAAGGAAGCAACAGAAAUCAUAACCCUACACUCUACCUUAUUUAAGCCUUUCUUAAGAAAAGUGUCCUUAAAGUUUAUAUUUCAUAUAAAUACACUACACAUUUAUCGCAUUACCAAAUACCCACCAAGCAUAAUCAUGCUAUAAGCUUCAUAAACUCAAAAAAAACUCGAUUUUGAACCAACCCUUAUAAGAAAUCGAAACUCGAAUAAGUCUUGUAUAGAAAUGGAACGAGCACGUUUUGAGGCAGAAGAUCGAGACAGUGUGCAGCUAACGAUUUCUGACCUGAAAAGGUUGAGUGACGCGUACACACAAAGCUCGACAAUGUUUGAACCCGGAACCAGCACAAAUGAGGAUAAAAAUAUUGCUGAUGGUUGUGCGCACAACCCUGCAGUGCCUGCACCAGAGAAACGACUAACCCUGUUCGCCCUUCGAUUAGCCAUCCUUGAGAAGUCGGCUAGUGGACUAGGAACUCUCGGGUUCAUUUGGGCUACUGUGGUUCUUCUUGGCGGGUUUGCAAUAACUAUAGAAACCUCGGAUUUUUGGAUUAUAACACUCAUUUUAUUGACUGAAGGAACAAGGAUAUUCAGUCGGAGUCAUGAACUUGAGUGGCAACGACAAGCGACAUGGUCGAUUACUGAUGCUGGGAUGAACAGUUUUCGGGUUCUAAAGUUGGGUUCGAGUAGGAUUUGGAAUGUUUUGAUAUCGGUGUUUAAAACACCGAGUCUAAAUGGUCGAGAAAUCAGUGGUAGAGGAGAAGAAAGACGGGAAAAGUGGGAUAGACGAAACAUGGGUACUAGAAGAUGGUCUAGUUCUGAUGUGCCAAUUUUGCCUUAUUUUUCUUGGUUAUUUGUAUCAAGAAAUAUCAGUAAGAUUCUGCAAUGCCUUCAGAUUAUAGCGGCGAUUUUAUGUGUGGGUUUGUCGUUGAUGAAGCUUAUAAGACGGAACUUUGGAGAGAUCGAAAAAGAUAAUUCAGACAAGAGGAAUAGGCAAUCGGCUUUGUGCAUAUUUUAUGCAUUGGCUUUAGCGGAAGCCUCAUUGUUUUUGCUCGAAAAGUUAUAUUGGGAAAUGAAGGUAACAUACUGUAAAAUGUUGGAAAAGGUAAAUGAAGAGUGCGAGUUUGGAGCUUGGGGUAUAGUUUCGGUAAGGAGAUUCUUCUAUGAUGCGUAUUCAAGAUGUGUGGAUGGAAGCAUUUUCGAUGGGCUAAAGAUGGAUAUGGUUUCGUUUUCGAUGGAACUUUUAGGUUCGAAUUCACCUGAUGAACAACUGAUGGGUGUUCGAAUACUUAAGAGUUUCGCAACGAACAAUCGAUUUUCUGAUGAUACUUUGCAAAAACUCGGAAUGACUUUCUCAGCAGUCGAAAGAUUAGUAGAGAUGUUGAAUUGGAAACACCCACAAGAAGAAGAAAUCAGACGAGCGGCAGCAGAAAUACUGUCACAACUCGCAGGAAAGAAACAGAAUUCUCUUCGAGUGGCAGGGAUUCCGGGUGCUAUGGAAUCAAUUUCAUCUCUUCUUUAUGUUAACAAGACCUCAAUUUCAUCAAUCGAUCAAGUUCCCGACAAAUGUAUUGUCUCUGAUCAUCAAAAUUACGGGUUUUGGACGUUCAAUCAUCUCGGACUACUCAUUUUAAAGAAGCUAGCCGGAGAUCAUCACAACUGUGGAAAAAUAGGGAACACAAGAGGUUUACUACCUAAAAUCGUAAACUUCACUUGUGCCGGAGAAACACUAUUGAAGGAUCAAAACGUCGCAGCAUCACAGAUUCAGACUGUUAAAAUAUCGUUGCAAGUACUUAAAAUGCUAGCCAGCACGACAGGUAGUACAGGAAAACAGCUUCGCAAGGAGAUAUCGGAGCUUGUUUUUACAUUCAUUAACAUCAGAGAUAUAUUAAGACAUGGGGAGAAAUACCCGAAUCUACAAAAGCUUGGAAUCGAGAUACUAACAAGUUUAGCAAUAGACGAUGACGCCACACACAGAAUCGGAUGCACAGGUGGGAUUAUACAGGACUUGUUCAGCAUUUUCUUCAAACAAGGGAUGCCACUAGAUCAGGUCCAUGUCAGGACUGCAGCUGGUGAAGCUUUAGUAAUGCUCGCGUUAGAAAGUAAGCACAACUGUGACUACAUCUUGCGACUUGGAAUCAUCGACAAGCUUGUCAAUGCGUUAGAGGUUCCUUUAGUUCGUUUGAAUUCAGCUCGGAUUCUAGGAAAUUUGUGCACCUAUUGUUCUGAGGAUUGCUUCGCGGAGUUAAGGGGAAUUGCUGCAGGAGUACACACUAUUCUGAAAGGCAUAAAGUCGGAGGAGGACAAACUACGCGAAGUGAUGGUUGGAUUAGCUGCACGAGCUUUCAAGUUCAUUACUUAUUCCGAAUCUAGCAUCAUGUUUGAUCGAGCAGGAAUCAAAGAAAACGAGAUCGCAAAUAUACUCGUACAAACUCUUAAGAAGCAUCAAUACCCAAAACCAAGAUUUCCAAGGAUACGCCGGUUCACCAUUGAACUAGCAAUAUGGAUGAUGAAUCACAAGGAAACAAACAUUCAUAUCUUCAGAAAUCUAGGACUAGAACAUGAGCUACAGAAUGUUCUAGAAACAACCUCAGAGAUUGAGAGUUUCAACAUAUUUUCAGGGACUGUUGGGUUAAGCAGGUUCAAGACUUCAAUGCACUUAUUGGUUGAAACUGCACACAAUUUGCUGUCAAGUAAGCAAAUUCAAUAGAAGAUCUAAGCAUGCUUUUGUGUUUUGCAAUGCAGAACACCAAUUAAAUAUAGGUGGAUCAUUUCUACCUUAUGUAAGCUAUGUUACUUAGACUCGACAACUGAUGUCGGAUAUUGGUACGUGUCAAAGUGCGUUACGUCUAAUAUUAAAUUUUAUGCCUAAUAUGAAGUGUUUAAGAGGCGUACCAAUGUCCGAACAUCAAGGAUCAGACACGGGUACGUGAAGCAAAAUAAAGCAUCUGAGUAACAUAGUAUGUAAGUAAUAAUAAACUAUUAGAAUGCACAAAGUAUUCAUUUAUUUAUCAAAAAUUGGCCUUAUUUAUUUUUUUUUACUCAUUUUUAAUACUAGCUAAGUCCACUUAUGAAUGUGAGUUGAAAAAAGAGGAGGGUGAGCGUUGGGUUUGUGACGACUUGAUCAAAAAACUCGAUCAUGUUUUACACAUUUUUAUCACUAACUAAUACCACUUCGAGUGCUCUAUCGUUGUCGGUCCCUAGUUAGUGAUGCACUUGUUAGGCCCCGACUAGUAAUAAGUAUGCAAGGUGCACUGCACAUAAAAACGCAUAAAACCUCAUAUGCGGGUAGUUUGACCCUCACUCUCAAUCCCGAUAAAGCUUAUUGGCCUCCUUACAAUAAAUCCAAACUCAUAGGCGAUGAGUCCAAGAACCGAAAAAGCGUAGAACAACCUCGCUCAACUUGUACCGCAAUGAGAUGGAUGAAUCUUCGGGUUGUCACGUAUGUGCUGAAUAUGUAGGCAAAAGGAUACAACAAAAAAAACUUGCCUUUAAAGUCAUGAUACAACAAGCACCAUUGCAUCUAAUGGUGCCUUAGAAUCUAUAACAUUUUGAAAACUUUAUGUUUGUAUUUUAUUAACUAAACAUUGGUUUGUAAUGUGCAUGUAUUGUUGAUAUAGUUGAUUGAUAUAAAUCAUUAUA